AUGGAUCAGGCUACUCUUCGCUCUGGCACUCUCUCCGUCGUCAACUUUAUCUUCUGCUUCGCAGGCCCAUACCUUGGUUUACUCGCGGAUAUCCUUGGUUUGUCGCUCCGAUCCUGCCGACGCCUUCACGCUUCAGCGGGGGCUAUCGCAGUGGCUCUUGCGGUCUUCCAUGCCGCGGCAGCUGGCACAGCAAAGGGAAGGCUGGACCUGCACACACCAAAAGAUGUGUUUGCCUUGGUGUCCAUUCUAUGUCUGUGCGCGCAGGUGAUACCUUUGGCACUGCGAAGCGUCUCGUACGAAGCCGCCCUGCGCAUCCACCAGAUACUUUCGUUCGCCUUCGUGUACGGUCUUUGGCGGCAUGCCUCAUCCGCCGAUCUGUUUCCGCGCUUGUACCUGUACAUUGGCGGAGCUCUAUUCUCAGCAACCUCUAUCUUCUGGCUCGCCAGCAUCUCGUAUCGGAAUAGGUCAGGGCUCUCUACGGCACGAAUAGCAUACGACAAUGGCGCAAUCAAACCGCAGAAGCAUCUCGACCUGUUUAUCGAGCCUCGCGGCGGCUUCACCAAAAAUCUGUUCGCUCUAUCGAACCACGGCCCGACCACACGCAGGGCAAUGCUCAGCGGUCCGCAUGGAAAGCAGCUACCAGUACAUUCAUAUGAAAAUGUUGUUAUGCUGGCCACUGGAUUUGGCAUUGCCGCGCACUUGCCGUAUCUGCGGAAGCUGAUUCACAAUCAAAACGGUCGCGCGACUUCAACGCGCAGGAUUCAUCUAGUAUGGCAGAUAGAGAGGAGAGACGUCGGCAUCGCCGCUCAGAAAUUGUUGAACGAGGCGCUCGACGAAGACAAGCUUGAUGGAGAAUAUAAUCUCCGCAUCUCAAUCUACAUCAAAUCAGAGCAUAUAAAUGAAGUUAAAUUCGGCGACAGAGCCACGGCUUAUUCCGGUGAAAUACCUCUUGCGGACAUUGUCUCGUCGGAGCUUCGAGAACGACGACCUGAGAGCAGGACAGUUAUCUCAGUGUCUGCGAAGGUUGCCAUGCGCGAUGCGUUGAACGAUCUGUUGUGGCAGAAUCGGCGCAGUAAUAUAGACAUCAUGUACCCCGCCUAUCAGCCAUGA